AUGAGUCUUGUCUCGGGCUUCCCUCACCACCCGGUCAUGCACCAUCACGACAGCCAUCACUAUUCCUUGCAUGCUGCGACUGCUAGUCGAUGUCACGAGGACUCCGGAGCUCCUCCUUACUUCACGAGCUGGCUGAUAAGCCACGCAGAUAUGUCUCCCACUGAGUAUAGCCUUGCGCCCGGCUACAGUCCAGAGUACCAUGGCAACAACAGCGGCGGGUCCACUGGCGGCCUUGACCCCCACCAUCAUCACCACCACCACUAUGGGCCCGGUACGUUGGUUCCGGGGGCCGGGACCAUUUCAGUUAACGGAGCUACGGUCGGUAUGCACCUCCACCACCACACUCAUCCUCGGACAGUGAAGCGAAGACCUACGGCAAACCGUAAAGAGAGGCGGCGGACCCAGAGCAUUAACUCGGCCUUUGCGGAGCUGAGAGAGUGUAUUCCCAACGUCCCGGCAGACACCAAGCUGUCCAAGAUCAAGACACUGCGGCUGGCUACAAGCUACAUCUCUUACCUGAUGGACAUCCUGGACAAGGACGGACAGCACGGAGACACACAAGCUUUCAAGGCCGAGCUGAAAAAGUCGGAGGUUAGGGAGGAGCGGAGGAAAAGAGAGGCGGUGGAGAUCCCAAAGACAACUUCAUCGUCAUCAUCACCAUCAUCAUCGUCCUCGUCGUUGUUCUCCUCAUCAGCGGGCGAUAAGAAGAGUAAAGGACGCACAGGGUGGCCUCAACAUGUCUGGGCUCUGGAACUCAAACAGUAG